AUGGACCGGCCUUUCAUGCUUCUCACGUUCUGUUGCUUCCACGAUGUGUCGACUAGCCUACGGGCUGGCCAUGAUCGUCGGGCAGCACCUUCUCAGGGGUGCCACGGCACAGGCGGCCGGGCGCGCUGCAGCACUAUAGAGCAGGAUGGUUUUACUGGAAAUUUCGAUGCGCUCCAGGCAACGGACCCCCUGAAGAUCGCACAUGUGGCCGACAGAAAGUACAAGAUGCUCCUCUGGAACCUCUCCCUGUUCUUUUCGGUUGUCCUGGAGCGCCGGCGGUUCAGCACCAUCGGUUUCAACUCGCCUUAUGACUGGUCCGACCCAGACCUGCACAUAUCCAAGACGCAGCUGCUUACUAAGUUCCAGGAGAUUGCAAUCUGCGAUCAAGCCAGCUUCCACAAAUUUCUAAGUGAUUAUCGGAUUACAAUUUUAAUAGGGCAGAGCACAUCUACCUAUCACGGGAGAAUACCAGAAUCGUUAAAGAUACCCGCCUAA